AUGGAGAUCGUCUUGUCCCCACUACGGAUUCUGGUGCCGAUCUUUCCGGAGAGGCAGCCGUUCGGACCCCUUGCGGUGGAGGACAUCGCGUUCUCGCUGUUCGUGGCGACCUUGAUCUGCUCCUCUGCGGGUUACUUCCUCACGAGGUCUUCACCACUUCUACUGGUGAGGCUCCUCCACAGAUUAGCCCCAAGGCUAGAGCUCCGGGACGAAGUUUGGGAGGAGCCUCUUCCCGGCAAGGAAAUCUCGCUUGGGCACGAAGCCGCCGAAGAGGGUUCCUCCACGGAGAAGCGGAAGCUCCUUCGAAAGAGAACCGGGCCGGAGCUUCUCUUCAUUGUUGUCCACAAUGGAGUGGUCGCCACUUUGGCACUCCUCGCAUGGGUCUUUGGUGCCCCAUCGCUCGCUCUGCACGCAUUCUGUCUGGAAGUGUCUUACGAGAUCUUCGACAGCUUUAGCCUUGGCUUCCAGAGGAUGGAGCCGGAGACGCUGAUCCAUCACCUGGUGAGCCCGAUCUGCGUCUUGUGCUCGACACAGACGGACGUGGACUUCCGCGUUUUGUGCCAGCUUUGCAUCUGCAUCGACGCAUCGGGCGCCAUAUUGGGGAUGUGCAAAUUCCUGCUGCGCUUCUCGCACCUCUCGGCGUCCAACAUCUACAAGCGUCUCACAUUGGUGUACCUGGUCCUCAGAGUCAUCCUGCCAGUAAUUGACACCGUGAUCAUCGUGUGGCGCGAGCUGUCGGUCAAGGGAGGCUUCUUCUCCAGAAUGCAGCUGCAAACAGCAAACACCAAUCCCUUUUCGAGGACUGAUUGGAUGCAACUCUACUUCUGGUCCAUGGCCGUCAUGAACGCUUUCAACGCGUACUUCUUCCUCGUCGUCCGAGCACGUGCCAGACUUCCAGCACAGGCCUCCCUUUCGCGACUCAGCGCCGAGAGCGAGUUGGCGAGGUGGCGUCGACGUGUCAAGGCCCUGCGUCGCCAAAUGGCACCCACGAAGCUCGAGGCACAGGAAGCUGGGUCUCGAGCUGCCGGAAUUGCAGGCGGAGAUGCCCUCCAAGCCUGCCUGAAUGAGGUGGCACAGAAAAACCACCAAAUGCACGACCUUAUCUCGCACCGCUGCGCAAAGGCGCGCGAAGCGACCCAACAAAACAGUCGCCAUGCAGCUGAUGAAGAAGCCAACGAACCGGUGACAAGUCGCCUCCUGAUGGAGAGCUACAGACCGGAGUCCGAGGUUUUCAGGCUGGGCCAGAACGCGCAAGAGCUGCAAGGCUCUGGCAACGCUGUUGGAGUCGCUGACAUACGACGGCAGUUGUCAGCAUUGCGCUCACGAGCCCAUGCCUGGCGAAAUGCUUAA